AUGUGUAUGUGCGUGUGUGUGUUUUGUUGCGGACGCCCUGCGGACCGGACAGCGGACUCACUUGGGCAAAGCAUCAUUUUAUAAAGUUUGAUGUUCCUCUUUAUUGUUUUGUGAGGAUGAGCAGUAAGAUGACGGCGCUCCGCUCUCUCAUGAAGACCGCGGCUCUGGCGCACGCGCUCAAGCACGUCGAGCGCUUCUCCAAGUUCUCACCUUCUCCUCUGUCCAUGAAACAGUUCUUGGAUUUUGGAUCAAUCAAUGCCUGUGAGCGGACAUCAUUUGUCUUCCUGCGUCAGGAACUUCCUGUCCGUUUGUCCAACAUCAUGAAGGAGAUCAACCUGCUACCAGACCGGCUGCUAGCCAUGCCAUCUGUCCAGCUGGUCCAGAGCUGGUACAACCAGAGCCUCAUGGAGAUCCUGGAGUUUCUGGACCAGAACCCUGAUGACCAAAGUGUCCUUGAGAUGUUUGUACAUGCACUCGUGGCAAUCAGGAAUCGGCACAACGAGGUGGUUCCCACCAUGGCUCAGGGAGUAAUCGAGUACAAAGACGCCUUCGGCCCACAGGAUGGUGCUUGUGACCACAACAUCCAAUAUUUCCUGGACCGCUUGUACACCAGUCGAAUCUCCAUCCGCAUGCUCAUCAACCAGCACACUCUUGUCUUCAGUGGUAGCACAAACCCCACCCACCCCAACACCAUUGGCUGCAUUGACUCCAUGUGUGACGUGACGGAGGUUGCCCAAGAUGCCUAUGAGAGUGCGAAGCUGCUCUGUGAGCAGUAUUACCUCAGAGCGCCAGAGCUGGAGUUCAGGCAGAGAAAUGUUAACAACAUCAGAGAGCCAAUCCAGAUCUCUUACAUUCCAUCUCACCUCUAUCACAUGCUCUUUGAACUUUUCAAGAACUCUAUGAGAGCAACUGUCGAGACCCAUGAAGCCAGCAGGACCCUCCCACCCAUUAAGGUCAUGUUUGCCCUCGGAGGAGAGGACCUGUCAAUCAAGAUGAGCGACAGAGGAGGCGGAGUUCCCUUCAGGAAGACGGAGCGUCUGUUCAGCUACAUGUACUCCACAGCUCCCAGACCCUGCAUACAGGACAAGAACAGAGCUCCACUGGCCGGCUUUGGAUACGGUCUGCCCAUCUCCCGUCUGUACGCUCGCUACUUUCAGGGAGACUUGCAGCUCUACUCCAUGGAGGGUAACGGCACUGAUGCCAUCAUACAUCUCAAGGCGUUGUCUACAGACUCAGUGGAGAGGCUUCCAGUUUUUAAUCAGACUGCCAUGCGUCAUUAUAAGAUGAGCUUGGAGGCAGAUGACUGGUGCGUUCCCACUAAGGAGCCACUAGACCUCACGGUCUACCGCAACUCCAAGUCAUGAGGUGCCAAUUUGCCACCUUUCAUGAACUGUUUGCCUGUUGGAACUCCACAGGAACUGAAGUGACCAAACACAGCCAAGGAGAUCAAAGAGAUGUCCAACCACCUGGCUCUUGAUUGCCUGUGAACUUCCUUGAUUGGACGUCUGAUCACGUGUGUCAGCACCCGUUUCCUGAUUAUGUGAGGUCAAAGGAAAAGAUGAUCGAGUCCAGAAUGUGGACAGCGUCCUUCAACCUGUGUUGAAGAUCCUGAGGGUGUUUGAAUGAGCAAUUUCUGCCUCCUGGAAACAGCAUUCAAAAUGUAUUCCUAGUGCAUGAGGAAAAAAGCAGUUCCACUUAAAAAAAAAAAAAAAACAGUUCCUCUUCCAGCAGUUUCUUCCACUUCAACAACUUUCCAACAUGGAGC